AAAUAGCACCCGAUCUCUGCUUCUAUUUCUCCUCUCUCAUUUUUAAUUGUUCGUGAAAUCAUACCUUCGUUAUUUCUACACUCGGUUCUGCCAUCCUCUCUACCCGCAAUCAUCCUUCUCCACCACUAAAAUGAGAACCAACAUGGCUUCCAACGAGCCAAUCGCCGCGACUGGCAAUAUCCGAAACCAAUAUCAUCGCCCUACCUCAUCACAAGGCCUUCAAGCCCUCCCCCCUCACGAAUCCUCGCUCUCUCCCCGCCCAGAAGACAAAUCAGCCCUCGGGCAACUGCUCUCCUGGAUCCCUGCUGCGCCCUCUGUCCAUCCAACUCAAAUGCCUCCCCUCUCCCAACCCAUCAUCAUCCCUCAAAUCGACGUCCCCCCACAAGGCGAAAGCGUCCCUUUCGCCCGCUGCUACACCGACGCCCUCGCCUCCCACAGCAUUCCCAUGCGCGAGUUCCUCGCCUUCCUCGACGGCCUCGCAGUGGCCCAAAGCCCCAACGCUACCCUACAAGGCGUGCGAAUGUUUGGCGCGGGUGCCUCCCACGUCCCUAUCCCCUUUAUCCCGCUUGCAGCAAAAGGCCUCCGCGCCCUCGCCUCUACCGGCUCAGGCCAUUCCGGCAGCCGCGCGAGACUCUACCUCGAGCGCGCCAAAAGCGACUACUUCGCCCCCCGCGGCCUCCGCGUCACCGUCGUCAAAGACAGCGAUCUCAACUUCCGCCUGCAAGUCCCGCCUCACGCUCCCCGUCUGGCUCCCUUGACGAAAGCCACCGUCUCGAAUACCCUCUGCGAGCGUCGGCUCGAGGGCACCGCGCCGUAUGUCUCCCCGCUGCGCUACAACGUACCCCCCGAAGACGAGCAACUGGCAGGCGUGCACCGUCUGGCACGCAAACACCUCCAACGCCAAAUAAAGCGAGACGCCAACUUGCUCGCCGACCUGCGGCACGAGCAAUGGCUUGACGUUUCCUCAGCCGGGCCUAAUCAGCAAGAAUGGGACGCACGGUACGCGGCGAAGAUGGCGGAGUUGCGCCAUUGCCAAACGAGUCUCGCCCAAGGACUCGGAGCUUCAGGGGAUAGCAAGGAGGGUGCACAGCAGUUGGCGCAGCUGCAGCGCGAUGUGCAGAUUCUCGUUUCGGAGAGGCAGGUCAUGAUGCAGAACCUGGGCCGGGCGGUCACGGCGGAGAUGGAGGAGGAUAAUUGGAGUCGGCGGUUGAAGUGGAUUGUAAUUGAGAAUUUGGAGUAGCCUUGGUAAAGGAGGAUUGAUGCGACCGACGACUGUAACGAAUGAAACGAAAUGAAUCAUU